AUGCAGGUGCUGCCCGUCGAAGAUGUGGUCGGCGGCGGUGGCGGCGUUGUUACUCCGAUGUACGGACAGCAGCAGCAGCAGCAGCCUGGGCAUGGGCCGUCAUCGACGGGGUACCUCCCCCCGGCCGGCGCGAACGUCGGCGGCGGCGGAAGCGACGGCGGGGAGGCGUUUGAGGCCCUCAUGGCCGCCCUGCGGUGGCAGGUGGAGUACUACUUCUCGGCGGACAACCUGGUGACGGACGCGUACCUCAGGGGCCUCAUGGACCCGGAAGGCUUCGUCGCCGUGUCGAAGAUCAUCGUCUUCAACCGCGUGCGGAGCAUGACGAGUGACUACUCACUGCUAAUCGAAGCGAUGAGGCGCUCUAGCGAGCUCGAGAUCAUGGAGCAGGAUCACACAGGGGAGACCCGUGUCAGGACCAGACACUCGCCUCUUCAUUGGACACGGGAGCAACUACCGCCCACCAAGGUGCUCUUAACGAUUCCGCAAGAACAUCAAGGACUAGGAGGAGUGGAUGAAGAGCCCUAUGAUGAAGAGCCGUAUGAAGAGGAGGAGGAACAGGAGCACCACAUUACAUUCGGAAACGUGGAGGAAGUCAUCGGUCAAAAAGAACCGGCGGAGAGACAAGAGUGAGAACGAUUCUUGGGCGUGUGUAAUUUGUUUUGCUGAGGAGGCUGGGUAUUUAGAGAAGUGUACGGCGCCUUGGAGGCCUGCCGUGACAUUUGAACGCGUGCUCGGGGGGCAAGAAGGGCGCGGGCACAUGGGAAGACCUUGUGGAGGCUGCGGCAAAGUUGGUGGCUCGUGAGUGUUGCGGGGUAAACUGUGCGUGUUGAAAAGAGGCAGACCUUGUGUUGGCGUGACGCAUGCGAUAGAUCAGGAGUAUCUGCCGACUCUUCAUGCGAUCGUGGCGUUUUGACGAGAUGGAAUCUGUUUUUCAAAGAUCCUUCGGAACCGAGAUCUGCGCAGAAAGGCUGUUGUCUCCGGCGUGAAGGGUUCCACGCACUGCUGUCUUGUGUCCAGGGUACUUGAACGGGAUGGAAGACAGCAGUACUGGCCCGCUAUGAAGAAGCGCCAACUUGUGUUGCUUGCCCGUGUUUUGCUCAGCACUUUGUGGUCCGGUUGUCAUUCAAACGGAUCGAAGGCCCGGGUUCCUAGCUGCUUGCCAAUCGUCGAGCAUAGCCCGCCGAAUCGGAUGUAGUGUAGGAUCCACCGCUCACUGUGCUGUGCUUCUUGUCCUGUUUCUUAUUUUUCGGGAAAGAAUUGAGCUUGUUUUUUCUCGGGCAAAUGUUUUCCGUAGUGACGGGCCGGUGCUGUAAGUCCCCAUUCCCGCCCGGUGUUGAUAUUCAUGUGUUUGUUGGCGCGCCGAUCGAUCACAGCGCGCGGUUUCCCGGAGCAGAUCUACCCGCUUUCUUUGUUGGUUGGUUUUCCAGGCCGGGAGGGAUGGGAGCUCGCAUUUCGAGCGACUUGCGUCCGUGUGUGCGGGCACAUUUAUUUGUCGCGCUGCAGGUUUCAGCAGGCUGUAUGCUACAGACUUCGCGAACAGAAAGCAAAUAAUAUUAUUGCAAGAGUGAACGAAGACUUUUCACUCGAAUUAGAAAAAAUGUUGGUGUAAUCACUCGGUCGAGAAAGAAGCCGGGGUCGUACAAGAGAAAUCCUGAGGUACUUGAAGAGGCAUGCAAGCAGGGCCGGCUCGCGAUUCAAGCAACGAGUGAAGGUGUGUGUGGCUUGAGGGGAAAGAAGGGCAGAAAGGGGGCCGACAGGCGAAGUUUCGGCCUAGCGGUUGUGACGUAGACCUUCCUCCCGGAUGUUGGUGGUGGUUCGCUGCCAAGUUUUUUUUAUUGUGUGCGGUAGCGACAACAUACGCGUCUUGUGUUUCCCCCGUACAUGUUACCGUAGAUUAAGGUCGCGCCGCGAGUGGGUUGUGACAAAGGGUGAACGGCGAAGUGUGUCGAGUCGUUCGGAGACGGUUAUUUUAUGGUACGGGUAUCCUAGGGUUGGUGUUGUGGCGCAGGUGGACUAUAGACAGUGGAAUAUGUGAGGACUCUUGUUGGUGAACCGAGACAAGAAGACGCCAGCUGAGCGGAUGAAUGACCCUCUGCCGUUAAAAUUUUGUGAUGAGAGGAGUUUGGCUCAGGAGAUUCGAGACGGUUUUUCUACCAAUCCGCUUUUGUCGGAAGUUGCAAGCAGUUGAGGAUGAGCCCCCGAAACACGUCGUGCGACGGAGUGAUCGUUGGACCAGUAAAACGAGCAGAACCACUGUACGCUGUGUAUUAUGCGUGUAGACGGGCCUCUAAAGAUGAAAGAGAAGUGGUGCUGAAGAGAUUUGAGCGGCGGGCGGGGGGGGAUUGGCCUGCCGCCGUGUUUUGCGCUCUCUCUUUGUCCGUACGUGGUUUCGUCACCAGCAGUUUUGAUUUUUUGUUUUUUCUGUCGCUGUGACGAAGCUGUCGCAGGCAACUCAUUGUAUCUCGGUUCAUGUUUUCUAAGUUUCAAAAUUGCUCCCCCUGAUGGGAGGCUCGUCCUGUGUUUUUACGCCUUCUUUCUCCGCGUUAGACUGUCGUGCGAUGGGACGGAGCGGGGACAAUCAAUCGUUCCUAGUUCGGAAUUUUCGCUGUAUCAAGGAAAAGAUGCGAGAAGGUUGAGCGAUCAAUACACGUGCACACCGCUCUGGUUGAAUGCCGUAGAUGGAAGGCGCGCACUGCAGACGUGCGCAAGCACGUGGUGGUGGUUUAGGUUUAACUAAAGAUCUGCCGUGGGUGGUUCAUGUAUGUCCAUCGUUGAUUUAUAUGUUUGAUAUGAAAAAAGCCAUUCUGUUUGGUAUUAGACACAGCUUAGUGGGAGAAUGAGAGAGAGGACAUGAGCCGCCCUGUAGACGAGGCAAAAAGCAAAUGAGAUUGAAAAAUGAAGUGCUAGGGCCGCUACUCGUAGUGGUGUGGAGGGCGAUAUGGUAGCCGUAAUUGGUCACUAACGCCAUUGGUCGCCUUUCACGCCGGUAGUGCUGCAAACGGGUGUUGGGUAGUGUUUUGCAAGGACGAAAAGCGUUUGGCAGUGUGCGUGUCCCGCGAUUGGUGUGGCUAGGGAUUCUGGGGUGACUUUGUCCUGUGGAGCGAUUCACCGACGGUUUUGUUUUCCUUUAUUACUUUACUAAUAAAGAAAAAGGUUCCUCUAC